AUGGAACAUGGUUUGCCGUCUAUGAAGUCGUUGAAAUCAUUGAAGUCGCUUGUUAAGAAACGAAACAAUUCUCAAGAUGGGAGUAAAUCCGGGUGGAUGAAGCCUUUUUUGGCUCUUAUGUGUACAGCACUUUUGAUCUUUUGGUAUAAGACCACAAAUAUUCAAUUAACAGAGAUGGAAGAUUCAGAUUAUCCUUUUGACAUGGCACAGGAAUCUGAACCAGUCAAUGAGAAACUAAAAGGCUUGCCUCAUGGUAUCAUACAGCCGAGAUCAGACCUUGAGUUAAAACCUCUCUGGUCUAGUAGUAGUGUGAGAUCAAAGGGUGUGGAGAUGACUAACCGUAACUUGUUGGCGAUACCCGUGGGACUUAAGCAAAAGGGUAACGUGGACGCUCUUGUAAAGAAGUUUCUUCCAGCGAAUUUCACGGUUGUUCUUUUCCAUUACGAUGGAAAUAUGGAUAAAUGGUGGGAUCUUGAGUGGACUUCUAAGGCCAUACAUAUUGUUGCACAGAACCAGACUAAAUGGUGGUUUGCGAAAAGAUUUCUCCAUCCGGAUGUUGUAUCCACUUAUGAUUAUAUUUUUCUUUGGGAUGAGGAUCUUGGAGUAGAGAAUUUCUCACCAGAGAGAUAUUUGAAAAUAGUAAAGUCAGUGGGACUGGAGAUAUCUCAACCGGCUUUGGACUCAAACUCGAGUGAAAUCCACCAUAAAAUCACUCUCCGUUCUAAAAAAAAGAUAUUCCAUAGGAGGGUUUAUAUCAAUAGAGGCACUAAAAAGUGUUCAAAUGCGAGCGAAGAUCCUCCUUGCACAGGAUUUGUUGAAGGAAUGGCUCCGGUGUUUUCAAGAGCUGCUUGGUUUUGCUCUUGGAAUCUUAUUCAGAAUGAUUUGGUUCAUGGAUGGGGAAUGGAUAUGAAACUCGGGUAUUGCGCUCAGGGAGACCGGACAAAGAAGGUAGGGAUUGUGGAUAGCGAAUAUAUCUUUCAUCAAGGCAUUCAAACUUUAGGUGAAAGUGAACAUUCUAACAAAAAGAGACGUGGCCAUGCAAGCUUUGAUUCGAGAACCUCGAUAAGGAGACAGUCGACAUGGGAGCUACAAACUUUUAAAGAACGAUGGAACAAAGCGGUUGAAGAAGACAAGAACUGGAUCGAUCCGUCGUCUUCUAGCUCGAAGACGAGGAGGAAGAGUAACGGUAAUAACAGACGGUUAAGGCGUGGUAGUAGUAGUCAUCGAAAGAAGUGA